AUGGAAAUCGAUUCAUCUCCACUCCGGCUGAACGAGAGCGAGGUUGUUGUCGGUGCGAAGAAAGUGAGUCGGAACAAUUCACGCGGGGUUCGUGUUGUUGGAAGUCGGAUCUAUGAUUCUGAAAAUGGAAAAUCUUGUCAUCAGUGCCGUCAAAAAACAAUGGAUUUUUCUGCUUCAUGUAAGAAUCCAAAGAAUGGGAAGCCUUGUACCAUUAGGUUCUGUCACAAGUGCCUUUUGAACAGAUAUGGGGAAAAGGCAGAAGAAGUAGAUCUAUUGAGUGAUUGGAUGUGUCCAAAGUGCAAAGGCAGUUGCAACUGCAGUAUUUGCAUGAAAAGAAAAGGUCAACAACCAACUGGUUUGCUAGUUUAUACUGCCAAAGCAUCUGGUUUUAAGUCUGUAUCAGAGAUGCUCAGCAAGAAGGCUUCUCAUGGUUUGGAUAAGGAGCUUGUAGUGCAUCUAUUUGAGGAACCAUGGAAGGAAAACUCACUAGGUAGAAACAAGGUUGAAAAUGAGAAAACCAAGAAAAUGAAGCGAAGAAAAUUAAAAGAAAUAUCUAAUGGCAACAAUGUUGACGCUGCUUGUCAAAAGAAGACAUCGAAAAGGAAACGUUGUAAUGGAGUUCCUGAAGAUGAAGUAAAAAGAAAUAAAAACAGCUACUGGCAGCAUGCGCCGCCCCAAGGUGUGGUGUGUUUGUUUUUUUUAGUUUAA